GGGUUUGAAUUAUCAAAAACGUUAAAAUAAAUUUUUUAAUCUUACAUUAUGUUUUUCUAUAAAGUUUCUAAGCAUUGGUAAUGGAUUCAAACUUUCAACCCCUUUAGGGGAUGAAUUUUUAAAAACGCUGAAAUUACUUUUCUUGUCUUUUGAUAAUAUGCCUACAUAUAAAGUUUAAAAUCUCUCUCUCACUCACAAAAAUGUUUGAUCUCCAUACAAACUUUCAACCCCCUUUUCACCGCCUUGAGGGAUGAAUUUUCAAAAACGCUGAAAUUCGUUUUUUUCUAUUUUAAUAAAAUACCUAUUUACAAAGUUUCAAGUUCCUAGCUCAAAAUAAAACUUGACCCACCCAUACAAAUUUUCAUCCCCUUUUUGACCCUCUUAGGGGUUGAAUUUCUCAAAAUCGCUUCUUAGCUCUUGUACACUUUAUAAAUGCAACCUAGUGUGUAAAUUUCAACUUUCUAGCAUGUGUAGUUUCGGCUCUGCGUUGAUGAGUCAGUCAGGACACGUGCAUUUAUACAUAUAUAGAUAUAUAGUAAUACCAGUGGGGAGACACUCCCCCGUUCGGCUUUUCUCGGCUCAGCAUUGCUCCGAGCAAUUAAUAGGGUUGGCACAACUUGACGUCCCUAUAAGUGUUCGACCACAGAUAAGAUAAUGAGUACUAUUAUUUAUUCUGUGGUAAUAUUCAGUUACAAUGGUAUUAAUUUGGUCUGAUGAUGACGAAAGUAACUAAAACAACAUAACCUCACCCAGUUUAGGUUAGGGCUUAUUUACUACUGUCUCGAAUCCACGAUAAGUACCACCUUUGCUUUAAACCCCGAUGAUCAUUAUUGUAAAAAUGUGGAACUUAAAUAACAUGAAAAAUAAGUUAAACUAAUACUACUAACUGAAACUAAUAGAAUGGCCAGCUAGAUGGCGCAGUUACUUUUAGCACCGAAUAAGUAAUACUACUACCGUAACAGAAAAUAAACUUACUACAAAACCGAAGUUUGACAGCGCUUCAGGGUCGAAUCAUACUGCCCCUUUGUAAUAUAAUAUAUGGCACUAUCCCUUUCGGCUAUUUAGGGUUGUCAAAAUUCAAGUCAUUAUCUUAUUUGUAGUUGCGAACGCAAAGAGACGUCAAGUUGUGCCAAUAAUGGCUCCUAGCAAUGCUGAGCCGAACGGAGCCGAGAAUGCCCGAAAGUAUCAGAGGGCCUACCGCGAACAACGUUCGACGUGUUGCCUCCCUGUUGCACUUGUAAAUUCGUACGUAAGUGUACGUACGUACGUACUGUCACACUUACGUGCGAAUUUACGGGAAUUUAUCGGCUUCAUAGGCAGGAUCAGUACCCAGGUCAUCAUUUUUUUUCCCAGUAGUUACCACUGGUAAAAGGUGGGAUAUUUUUCCCCAGUAGUUACCACCAAAACUUUGUUAGAGUUCAAUACUAAUAAAAACAGUAGAAGAAGUGUAGUCUAAAUAAAGUGUGCUUUAAUAAAUAAUUUUAAGUCGAUUAGUGUUUCAGGUAACUGCUUUAAAAGUGAUCAAAAGUAUUAAAACCGGUGCAAGUGCAUAAAAUUAAAAGUUAAAGAGAAAUUAACGUUUGGUUGAAAUUUAUCUUGUAAAUUGAAUGAAUUGUGAUGUUAUCUAUGAAACCUGAGGGCCUACCGCGAUCCACGCCAUUAUCAGCGAUUCUCUUAUAUAAAUACAACGCAACGCUACGCAGUACGGCGUAAGCGAUCUCGACAAAAGAUCCAGAGGGCCUACCGCAAACCACAUUCGACGUAUUGCCUCCUUGUCACAUUUACGUACGAAUUUACAAGUGCGACAGAGAGGCAACACGUCGAACGUGGUUUGCGGUAGGCCCUCUGGAUCUUGUCGAGAUCGCUUACGCCGUACUGCGUAGCGUUGCGUUGUAUUUAUAUAAGAGAAUCGCUGAUAAUGGCGUAAGCGCCAUCGACUAUAAGGUCUGUUUCAAUAAAUAACGUCAGAAUUAUACAGACGAACAAACAAGUCAGUCCAAGACCGAUUAUUUUUGAUCACUUUUAAGGCAGUUUACUGAAACAGCAAUCGACGUAUAAUUAAAUUAAUAACUAAUUAACUUAUAAUUAAUUCGACUUUAAAUUAAUUAUUGAUAAAAGCACACUAUAUUUUGACUGUUUUAUUAGUAUUGAAUGUUAACCAAAUUUUGGUGGUAACUGGGAAAAAAAUUCUCACCUUUUUACCAGUGGUAACUACAGAGAAAAAAAAUCCCUGUAGUUACCACCAAACCAAAGUUGGUGGUAACUAGUGGGAAUAAUCCAACAAACACAGCGAAGAGGACAAAUCGCCAAACGUGAACUAUGUGUCGUUGAAGAGUUCCAUUCUGAUCAUCAGCAGUUCCAGUUCAUCAAAUGUCACUUUUUUAAAUGUAAAUGCUUGAUUUGUUAAAGAAAAUACAAAAAUCACUAUAUGUAUGCCUUUAACAUUUGAGGAGUUUCCUCAAUUCCACAUAGAUUCUACCAUCAGAUCUCGAGCAUGGCAAAAAAUUGUUUUGAAAACCUAAUUUGCCUAACAAACAUAACGAAGACGACAAAUCACCAAGCGGCAACUAUGCGUCGUCGAAGAGUUCCAUCCUGAUCAGCAUCAGUAGUUCAACUUCAUCGAAUGCCAUGUUUUUUAAUGUAAAUGCUUGAUUUGUUGAUGAAAAUACUUACUUAUACAUUCAAUAAAAAAAAUUCUAAAUCGGUUCAAAAAUGAAGGAGUUAUUAUGAAGUAAGAAACAUUAAAAAACAUACAACCGAAUUGAGAACCUCCUCCUUUUGAAAUCUUGAAGUCGGUUAAAAAUAAAAGGUUUUAUGAUUGAGCUUCAUUGUUAUUAAAAAGUUCCUACCGGCUAAAAAUCUGGGUGGCUCAAAAAUAUUACCGGUAUUAUUACGGUAAUUACGUCAAAAAUGUCUUCACCGCCCAUUAGCAACGCGCCUUCAGUUUCUGAUAAUAAGAUUUCCGCUACAAAUGCUGAAUCUACAGAGCCUGCAUCAAAUGAUGGUCAAGCUGCGAGUACAAGUAGAAGUGCAGCUGUCUACCGUAGACUAAGACCAGCUUCAAAGUUCACAAGAGGCGAAAAAUGCUUAUUUACUCAUUUGGUGGUGACUUUCGCUAUCCUGCUGCUGCUGUUUAUCGUUUUCGUGGUGCACUUAUACUUGGUGAGACAUCAUGGAAAUGAAAUGUUUGAAGGCAUAUUGAGAAGAGGAGUAGCUGACGAGCAAUCAGACUCCCCACCAGUAGGCGUUGUAUAUGUUCUGCCGGACUAUUAUAUGUGCAACUGUCUGCUCUUGCGUCCGCGCUGGUCAGUAGCACCAGCGCACUGUGUGGCUGCCCGAUCUGACCCGGACUUGGCUUAUGCUCUACCAAGCUGGCGAAUAACGUAUGAACCAAAUAUUGACACUUCAGACGAGUCAGAUGACUUUUCAGAAACACGGAUAGCACGCAGCGUGCCACAUCCUCAUUUCAACAGAGACGACUUCGAAAAUAACAUCGGUCUGUUUCAACAUGAGGAUGCUUUACAUCAUGUAUUUUCAAACUCGUAUAUGAGCGAUGUCUCCUUGAACGAUUACACACUUAGGACCAAUGCAAACGAUUUAAAAUUGAUCAGUUGGGAAGACUCGUGGCAUCUACAUGGUCACGUCGUUCAAAAUCCCGUUCAGCCGUUGUCACCGGAAAAAUGUAAGCUGUACGUUUCUCCAGUUGUGGAUAUUAGGGAUUAUGAACACUGCGUAACAAUGACGGAGAGACGGAAUGUGACUAUAGCCCCUGGAGCAGUAUUGGCGAUAAAAUCAGAGUACGUCGGGAUAUUUACGUGGGGUGACUCUAAAGGCAGAGGGCUCCCGUUCGUAAUACUGGACAUAGCACAUUAUAAAGACUGGAUCACAUACAUUGUUUCUGCGAGGUAAACAUCGCAAUAUUCAACCUUACAACUAUUGACACAUUGUUUGCUGUGAAUAAAUAUUGAGCGUACCAAAUAAAGGAUGGGUCAUUGAGUGUUGAAAGAUUUAUUUUCUAUUACAAAUAAAUACAACAUUAAAUAGUAGCAAUA